CACACGCGACGCCUCAGCGAGAGAGCGCCGUUUGGUCCACUAUGUUUGCACCAUCGUGUCUGUACCGGAUCCUUACGGCUUGCUCAUCUUUUUUCUAUGUCUUGCGUCUAUCUCCCGGUUGUUGUUUAGACUGUGGUGCAUUGUCCAUGCGCUUUGUGGUGUGUCGACUGCUCGUACAGGCACCGCGGACCACGACGAAAUGGCGAACCCGACUCAGCCGUUCACUCCAGCGAUUGCCUGCACGCCUGUAACCAAAGUUGAGAUCAGCGUGUCCUGUAGACAUCUCAAGCAGAAGGAUCUCCUCUCGAAGUCCGACCCUAUGUGUGUUUUAUUCAUGCGGACCUGUGACACUGACCAGUGGUUGGAGGUUGGGCGCACGGAAACGGUACGCGACACGCUCGACCCAAACUUUGUGACCAAGUUUCUAGUCGACUACUACUUUGAAGAACGCCAGCAGCUCAUGUUCAAAAUGUACGACGUUGACAGCAAGAGUGUGAAUCUCCAGAAUCAUGAUUUCCUUGGUCAGGUCGCUUCCACGUUGGGUGAACUGGUUGCCUACCAGGGAAGACAGGUCAAGCUACAGCUGACGGGGCUUUCUGGUGACUGUGGAACCAUCUUAUUAACUGUUGAAGAGGUACUUGACUGCAAGCGGGUGAUUGACAUGCAGUGGCAGGGAAAGAAGUUAGACAGCAAGGACUGGUUCGGAAAGUCUGACCCUUUCCUGGAGUUCUGCCGUGUCAGCGAGGACAACAGCUACACGGCUGUGUUCCGCACUGAGGUGGUCAAAAGGAACCUGAACCCAACAUGGCGACCUUUUACCAUCCAGAUGCGUCAGCUGAGUGGCGGUGAUGAUGACCGGACUCUUCGGGUGGCCUGCUACGACUGGGAUCUCGAUGGAGGCAUGUCUUCCAGCCAUGACCUCAUCGGGGAGUUCCACACCAAUGUGCGCACCCUUUCCCAGGGACCAGGCCCAGCAAAUGAGUACAAGCUGAUUAACAAGAAGAAGCAGGCCAAGAAAAAGAGCUACAAACACUCUGGUGUGGUGAAGCUCAUUUCUUUCACAGUCAGGGAGCAGGCCACUUUCCUUGAUUACAUCCAGGGUGGGCUGCAGAUGCACUUUACGGUAGCCGUGGAUUUCACGGCGUCCAACGGGGACCCUCGAGACCCCGCGUCCCUGCACUUCCUGGAUCCAGUGCGACCCAAUGCAUACGCGAUGGCCAUUCGGGCAGUGGGAGAGGUGAUCCAGGACUAUGAUUCGGACAAGAUGUUUCCUGCUCUGGGCUUUGGAGCACGCCUGCCACCUGAUGGGCGUGUGUCGCAUGAGUUCUUCCUCAACGGCAGCCCCACAGACCCGUACUGUGCAGGCAUACAGGGUGUUCUGGAAGCCUACCAAAGAACCCUCCAGUCCGUUCAGCUGUACGGUCCCACCAAUUUUUCGUCUGUCAUUCACCAUGUGGCAAAGUUUGCGAGCACAUAUCGUGAUGGUAGGAGCUACUUUGUGCUGCUCAUCAUCACAGAUGGCGUCAUCAGCGAUAUGCCACAGACAAUGGAGGCCAUCGUGCAGGCCUCCUCCUUGCCUAUGUCCAUCAUCAUCGUAGGUGUUGGCAAUGCCGACUUCUCAGCCAUGGAAGUCUUGGAUGGGGAUGUGAUACAGCUGAAUUUGGGUGGCCAGCGUGCUGAGCGGGACAUUGUCCAGUUUGUGCCCUUCCGAAAGUUCCUCCAGAGUGGGGCCUCCUGGCAGAGCAACCAGGCCCAGCUUGCUAAGGAAGUGCUGGCUGAGAUUCCUGGACAGGUCACAGCCUAUAUGUCCAAGUGCAACAUCAAGCCUGGUCCAAUUGCGGUGCCUCAGGGCCCGUCUUGAGUUUGUCUGCAUACAUGUCUCUGGGUUCAUGUUGCACUGUUCGUAGUGGCUGUGUAAUAUCACGCUGCCAGCCCCCAUUUGUGCACAUGCCAAAUUCAUGACUGCAUCGUACAGGUGACUGCUGGCGCUUCGUACAACCAUUAUACUGGCCCUUGUUGUAGGGUGCUGAAGUAUGGCUUAUCACCCUGGCGUUGCUGCCUCUUGGCUGGGAGAAUUUCGAAAACUAGACUUCUUCAGUCUGACUGCUUGUGCUGCCGUGACUUUACGCUACUUUAUUUCGGGGAAUACGAGUAGUUCGUAUUCAAUAGAUUCAAUUUUAUGCUCUUAAACUUGACUUUUUUAAUGCUCCCGUUGAAGCUGUGCUAUUAUUUUUUUAGCUUAAGUAUUGUGCAAAGUUGCAGUGCACAACACACCUUUGAUAUACAGUUAAGUCUUGAUAUAACGAACUUCAAUAUAACGAAAUUCUUGAUACAAUGGAGUAUUUGACUUUUCAUAACUUUUGUCCAUAUGACAUCAUGUAUUUUUUAUUAUAUUUAUUUAUUGAUACUGCGGUCCUGUUUCCAGGACCUUAGCAGGGUGUAUACAAAGUGAAAUUGAAAAAAUCUAAGAACAAAAUACAGCGAUACAUAACAUAGGUAACUCGCGAUGUGCAAAUGCAAGCAGUUACUGAACAACACACAGUAAAUCACUCGCUACAUAAACAUAGGUGCGACUCAAAUAAUGGCAGUGAGCAUUGGGUUACAACGUGACCAGUAAGAUUAUUCCAUUCAACAAUAGUUCUGGGAAAAAAGGAAAAUUUGAAGCAGUUCUUUUCAGUAAUUAACAGUGUUAUUGUCUGUGUCGAUGACGUGUAGCAUAACCAGUAGAGAAAGCGAUAAAGCGUGAUGUAUCAAUGUUAAAGUGCCCUUUUAUGAGCUGAAAUAAAAAUUUUAAACGGCAUGUUCAGCUCCUUUGUGUCACAGAUGGCAAUCCACUUCUCUUGAGAAGCUCUGUAACUGAAGUGCGGCCAUACGAAUUAUAUAGGAAUCGUACUGCCAUUUUUUGAACUUUUUCUAGUUUAGUAAUGUUUCUUUUAGUAAAGGGAUCCCAUAUGACAAUCGCGUAUUCCAACAUUGGUCGAAUGAUGGCAUUGUAAGAAAGAAAAUGCACAGGAGGUCUAGCGAAUUUUAGGGAGCGUCUUAGGAAAAAUAGUUUUCGAAGGCAGUUAGUAACUCAGUAUAACAAAUUGUGUUUGUAUGCGAUUUCAAUUUAACGAAAUUUCACUGCCACCGCAAAGGAAUGCUGAGACAAUAAAUGGAAACUUUCACGGACACAGAGGGUCAAAUAAUCGAAUUACAAACGACUGCUUGCAAGUGCAGCUCUCAAACUGCGUAGGCCGGCCAAGAGUGACCGCUCAAGUGGAGCCGCAUCAUGUUCCGUAUAAAGUCCAAGUGCAAUAAGAUACUAUUGAUCCCCGCGCACUGUAUACGUUAGGUGUGAGUGAAAGUGUGCGAGAGUGAGACAAGAAAGGUGGUGGCUUCACGAGUGUGGCAUUCCCGUGCGAGCAAAGGGAAAGAAAGGGAGGGGAGCGAGCUCGCGGUAAUGCGACCAAGCGUGCGCGAGGGGUUAAGUUGGCACAAGUCUCGAUUUCUGGCACAUCGCAGCCGCAGCUCACUCAUCAUGGCCGUGAAGCCCGGCUGAGCGCAUACGCAGCCAUGCAUCCUGCUUUAGAGGUAAUCUGCCGCGUGUGCAAAGAGUGGGUAGGCCGAGAGGGCAUAGCACUUUGUAAGCUGCUUUCCUGCGCGUUUAGUAUUGAAGGUUGCGUAAUCUGGAGUUUCGAUGACCUGUUGGAGUGAGAGGUAGACGAAGCAUUCACUCCCUGCUGCCCGCGCUUUUCCUGAUAGUGUCGUCCCAAUGCGGGUGACGUUAUCAGUCAUAGGGGCGGAGUGCACACGAAGGCGUGGCUGGCUCCACUUAAUUCGUACCGCUGAUGUGAAGAUAACGUCGACGUACAUGGCAUGAAACCUUAAUAUUCGUCGCCAACACCUAAAUUUAUCAAAAUUAAUUGUUUUCUCAUUCAAAUUUGCUUUUUUCAAUAGCCUAAUAAUUAGGAAAAUAUUGCAGCUUUUUUUCGUGCAAGAAACAUCAAUCGGCGAGUGUACUUAUUUGCAUAAAAGGUCGAUUUCAAUAUAAUGACAUUUUGAUAUAACGAAGCAAGUUGCCGAUCUUACAGACUUCGUUAUGCUGAGGUUUAACUGUAGUUCAGAAAACAUGGGUUGUGUUCUUCGUGGCAGCAUUAAGUUCCUGCUGUGCGUCUACAAAGUAUGUGAUUUACUCUUUCAAAGUUAAGCCAACUUCAAUUUAAGUCGUCAUGUGAGAAAAUAAUAGAAAAAGAACAAGAAAAUGGCAUUCUUAAAGGCUUGUUGGUUUGGGUGUGUUGGUAUUUCAUUGUAGCAGGUCAGCAUACGACAUUACUGGCAUGGUGGUGCUGUGCACUUCAUCCGUGGUGCUCCAUCUUUGUCUGUUUCACUGCCCCCAUAUUCCUGUGAGCUGGACUGCUGCAGUAGCGUUUGUGAUUGCAAGUUGACUUACAAAAGCAGAAAAAGCAUGAGUCCUUGGCACCAGAAAUUGCUUAUCUAUUGAAGCAGUUGUGCUACCUAACUCACUUGCCUCAUACAACCACUUGCCUUCCUUGUUGCAAAUCUUUGUCAGUUGCCAGCUCCUACCACACAGUCUUCUUUGCCCUGGGAAUGUGAUAAGUGACAAGCAUGCAGGAGCACUUAUUUCUGCACUUCGUCUUCUGGCUUACAGUGGCUACGCGAACAGCUCACAUUAGUGAUUGCAACCUUUGAAUUCACCAGCCGGGAAUGCCAGGAAUGUGGAACAAGGCUGAAAGCUUCUGAAGCAGAAAGACAUAGAAGUGAGCUGCGCUACUGAGCUACAAGAAUGAACGACAAAAAAUUCCUGUAGGAAAUCACGCCAAGCAUGAGAGAGGAUAAAGGAUUUCCGAGUUAGGACUUGGUACACUUGUAGAUAGUCAAAAGAAGUGGGACAUACUGGUUGAACCGCUGGUAUAUUGAACAGCUGCAAAAAUUCAUGUGGCCAUGCUGUGGCUCACAGUGUGAUGGUCCAAAUUGAAAGGCUCAUGUUGAUUAGCUAUCCCAAACCUUUGAUUAUGUCUUUUGCUAAAAAAAAAAAAACUGAUCAAAACAAUCAACAAAAAAACAGAAGACUGAUGUGGUUCAGUUAUACAUUACAGGCAAAAUAUUUCACGUGGGCUAAAGAAGAUAUCUAGUAAACACGGCAGUUCUAUGGUUUUUCAUGGCACCAUUCAAGCCGCUUGUGCCUUUGUCACGAAAUCGACAAUGGUAACCAAAAAACGUAAUCACAAUGUAUGCAAUGCAACAGACUGAAAAAAAUUAUGGUUCGCUGAAGCUGUUCGGAAACUGUUCUCACGAUGGUCCCACGGGUUCCACGAUGUUGUAUCACGUGUUAAUGCGUCCAUUAGUUGCCUCAGCUUCCUCUAUUGCCUCCGUGUUUAUAAUUGAUGUGUGUGAUGCUGGUGCAGCUACGCAAAGCUUUAUGUUUUUGGUGCAUAUCAUAGACGGUGACUGGGAGGACAACAUGAAGCUUUUGCCGCAGCUUUAAAGGACAUGUAAGUGCUUUCUGAGCUCGUUACACCUUGCCUAACUGCGAGCAGCGUAUACGGUGCUUGUACUGGAAGCAGGGCUAUAAAUGUAUUCCAAGCUGUCCAAACAUUUCACUUCUGAAUUUGAUCAGGAUUAUAGUAGUUUCUUUUGCUAUUCGUUUUUUAUUUGGCAAUCACUUUGAAGCAGUGGCUUGUCAUGUUUCUGAUUCAGUAACAUUCCUUGGUGUGAGCGCUGCCUGAUUGUUUUGAUUGUUUAUUUUCUGCCUAAAUGCUCGUGGGUGUGAUCAGUUGUGGUAGAUUUGUUCUUGCCGCGCACAAUUAAGGCUUUCAGCAUAGAUAUUCUGUACUUUGUAAUAGCUUGUAGCAAAGAUGCAGUAUCGCUAGUCACUCUCUUACUCUCUGGACCAUCACGAAACUUUCAGCUUUGAGCAUUCAUGUGAUGUUGGUGUUGUUGUCACCCACGCUUCAGCAUGUUGAUUUCAUUAACUUACUGUCAAUACAUGGGCGAUAGAGUGGGUGUAAGUUUGAGUGUGGUGUCGGAGUGAAUGUGUGGAGAGAACGUGCAAGUAACUUGAUAUGCCAGGAAACAGCGCUACUCCUUUGUCACUGUGAAAUGAGUGAUACUCACCCUUGCAGAUGUUACUGGGUCGAAGUCCUUUAUCUGUAGGUUAGUGGUACAACUUUGGUGGAUGAGUGAACUUUUUUUCAUCCUCGAGGAAAGCUGUGAAUUGUGAAGGGCCGGCAACACAGGCACACCUUGUGUAGCAGUAGUUUGUGAACUUAGCCACACAGAUUCUUUCCAUUCUUCCAGUCACUAUUCUUGCGGCCUACUAUUGCACAGGUCUACCCUCUUCUGCGCCACAUUUCUGAAGCAUGAAUGGAGCACAGUGCUUUAGCAAUCACCCAGUUGCAUUUCCGACCGCUGAUCAUGCAGAAGCAGGGUAGAAAUGGUAACGAUUUCACAUUCAUACAUUAUUGUAUGCUUUCACCUGAGGCGACGCACGAUGCAUUGCUAGUAGCGCCAUCUCGUUCCUCUGGAGCAAACUGCUCCACAAAAAAGGUCUGUAGCAUCCCACUUUGUUGUGGGAAAUCUUAUAUAUAGAGCAGACCAGAAGAUACAUCAACACUCCUCUGCGUGAGCACAAUCACAAUUGCAAGCUGAUUAGCCACCUUGGGAAUUUAGCUUAACAUUUUAGUUGUUAUGCAUGUCAUUCGAAGUUAGUGAGCAAGAGCAUCGUUGGACACUUAAAAAAUAUGAGGGAAAGAGAAAUCACUGAGGCUAUCACCAUGCAGCAGAUUGGUGCUAAUUUGUGCAUCAAUGUGCCAUUCGUUUCGCACUCUGACAAUGUGGUAACAUUUAUUCUUGGGGAUAAAGAUGAUAGGAGACUUCAUUCACUGUAGGUGAUUCUAAUGGAUCCUUUCUUAUCUUGGCACUUGAUAGCUUGCUUUUUAAGUCUGUUUACUUUGUGCUGUACCACUCAUCUUAUUUUGACAUGGUUGUAUCAGCGCAAAUAUAAGCUUCUGAUUCUAUAGAAUAAAGAGUUGUCAGUUUGUGCUUGUCCAGGUGCUGUGUGUGUCCCUUUUUGUUCGUUCUUGUAGCUUAGUAGUGCACGUCACUUCAACAUGUACAACCAACUGGGCUCAAUCCUAGCCCUUGAAGCAGAAAUAAAUUUGUUUCUUGUAAAAGUUUCACAACAUGAUUAUAGGAGGAAUUUUUGGUUUGAGACAGCCUACUUCUUUGUGACUGCUGGCUGAGAAAAACAGAUGACCACUGCUGGAACUUUGAAUCUUGCAGCAAAGACAGGUGGUGUACGGGAUGCGUGACAGGCCACACAAGAGGAUCCAGGAUAGGGCACACUUUUUCUUUACAACAUGGCAGGCUUGCCUCGUGAAACAGCUAUGCAAGCCAGUUUCAGAAUGAAAGAAGUGCUUAGCGAUGACUUGCCUAUCUUAAAGCACAUAUUCAAAACAGAUUGUCUUGAGCCAGUUGCUUAUGGCAGACAGCACAAAUGUAUUUCUCGGCGCACGUCUGCUAUGACCCAAACAAGUUGGUUUGGGGCUGUGCACCCCAAGAUCUUCAGAGUUAUUACCUAACCUUGUUUGAUCAGAUCCGAUCAGAUCAGAAUCAUUUUAUUGAGCAUAGGAUAAGCUACAUGUACAUGGCAUAUACAGAAGGAGGUCCAAUAGUCAAAGACUGAAGGGGGGACCUCCUGUAACACAUACUUUAAUUAUUUAUUUAAUGCAGCAUCUAUGGUAAAAAUAACACUUUUAUGGAACACAUUUUUGUCACAGUUGAUUACCAGCACCAUAAUGGACAAAUUUAUUAAGUGGCAUGAUAGUGCUUUUCUGUCAAUAUCACUGAUGUUCAGAAUAAAUAACCAUUCAUCCUAAUAUGUGUAUGGUCAACAAAAGGUGGUGAAUUUUGGCAUGUUUGUAGAGUGGUGGAGUAGUCCUUUCAGCCUCGGAACACUUGCAUGGCAGCAGUCAUAGAGGGCUAACUGUAUGGCUGGGCAGCUGUGUGAUUGGAUUACUACCCUGAAGGCACAUAGCGAUUCUUUUCAGGAAAGGUUGUUUGCAUGGAAAGCCUUGGUGUCUUUUGUGAAGUUAGUAUUUUCUUACGGAUAGUACACACAUGUAAAAAAUAUAGUGGAUCUCUUGCAGCAGCUGUCAUCUAGUGUAUGUAAGAAGGGUGCAAGGGUGGAGUAGCAGUAUGUCAAGAAGUAAAUCUCAGCCACAUAAAAAAAGCGUAUGAGGAAGUCUCAAAUGUGGGAAGCAGUGUUAAGCAUACUAGCAGGUUGAAAAAUGCCAAAUGCGCUGAUAAUGUUCCACUUAUGUUUAUGGUGAUUGUGCCACAUGAUAUAUUGUAGGGGGGGGAGGGAAUCGGAACCUUGUUGCAACUGUACGUAAGAUGAUAAAUAUUAUAUUAUGUUCUUUGUUUUAGAUCUUUUAUAUUGACUGUUUGCAUUUUAUGUGGAGUCUUAGACACUUUGACCGAAAAGGAUGCGAUUGUUGAUCAGUGCUUGCACCAGGCUGAUGUUUGGAGAGUAUUACUGCUAUGUUUUAUAAUUUACAAACUGUUCAAGUUGUCUAUAAAGUGUGCUGUCUGCAGGAGUGAUGUGGUUUAGUACCUAAUACAUGAUUUGUGCCCAUGUUGAGCACAGGUGCAUUGAAUAUGGCAAACCAGUUCUGUGAAAGCCCAGAAAGUGGAGGAAGGCAAAAUUGAAUGGUAAUCCACCUGACUGUAGCAUGAAGCUACAAAUGUAACCCAUACGGAUUUCUCAGUAAGAAAGCUUCCUAGUUUGCCUUCCAUGAGCCUUCUUCCACCUUGCAUGCUUCUGCAGAACUGGUUCGCCAUGUGGAGGUUUAUUGGUCCAAUAUCCUUCUCAGCUAGGACAGUAUAAGUAUACCUAUACAGUCAACUUCCAUUUAAUUUGACCCUGACGGGAUCAGAGAAAUUCAUCUAAUUAUCCGGCGGGUCAAAUUUACUAAGAAGCCGAAAAAACACUGAAACACACUGCCGUUUCAUUUCAGCCCACCCACGAAUUGAAUGCGUACCUUGUUUUUACGAAUUCAACGUAGACAACUAACAUAGAAAUGACAUUGGAACUUCUAAACAAAGUAGACAAAACAUGUAGCAUCCCUCCACUUCUGGCAAUAGGAAAAAGAUGAAACUAGCAAAUUUUACUUCACAGAAAAGAAUUCUCCAUUCAACCCAUUGCACGUUUGAUAUUCUGCAUUUAUUAACUGACUCUGUAACAAUUGCAAGCAGGAUUGUUGCCCAUGCUGCUUAGAGAAUCACUUCGCUAUUUCAUCCUGUGAUGCAUGAGAUUCUCCACAAUGCCACAAACAUGUGCACAACUUGUUACUGCUAGCUCGACAUGUAAAAUAACCAUUCUUUUUAAUGUGGUUUCAUAAUCGAAAGCCGGAAGUGACAUGUCGUCAUUCUGUCGACAUGUCACUUUGAGCGUGUUCUGUUGACAUCGUGUGAUGAUGUUGGCUAGGCUGGUUCUGAUGGUGUGCUGUUGCAAACAUUGUGAACGCAGUUUGGAUUUCAUAUUUAAUUGUGUUGUGCAUGCAAUCUUCCAGAUUAAGUUACUAUUAAAAAGAAAGAAAACGUGGUGCUCAUUAGAAUCGGGUAAUAUUUUUCUUUUUAUUUACCUGUUUGGUUCUGAAAGUACCUGGAAUUUUAUAAUUUAGGUGGUGCUGGAGCCAAAUGAGAAUACUGUAAUCAUUAUGAUACUGCAAGGCAAGGUUCUAGCUUAAAAAUCUUUUUAGGGCAGGCCGAAAAUGGGCGUUUUCAACAGAUGACCCGUGUUAGAUGCAUUCACUGACCCCUUGCACCACCAAAACAGGCUUUGCUAUGGGGUCACAAAUGAGCUAACCACAGGGGUCAGGCAUGCUUCUGCUGACCAAUCAAGUUAAAUUUAUCCAGUGAUGGCGAAUUUAAGGAUUAAAAUAAUGAAAGUUUUGGCCCAUAAAGGUGUAUGAGUGCCAGCUGGGCCCUUCAUUUCAUAUCUGAUUAACCGAAAAAUCUAAUUAUCUAAAGUUGAAUUAACGAAUGUCUACUGUAGAAUGUUCUGUUGCAUCACCUAAGCACUGAAUUUUAUGUUCCUUGUAGAACACCUUGUUUUUCUCGUUGCUCUUGUAAAGUAAUUUGAUAUCAGCUCAUUGGAUCUUUGUAACAAGCUGCUUCUGCACACAUGUUGUGCUCUCAGACUCUGGUCACGGUGCACAUGCUCCUAUUGUGCGUGCCGGUCGGUCACCGUGGGUUCGAGCACUAUAGGCCUCCAUGCACACAGGGCACCGUGUCUGCACCUGCUCCAUAUGCCGAUGCACUGCUGCAUGCGCUCUACCAGCCGGUCUCUGCUAGGGGAAGGCGAGACCGCACAUGCAGCAAGGGAGACCCUAGACGAAGCUCUCCAGGCAGAAAACAGGACAUUUAUUAGGCUGAGUUUUGAUACGACACAAGUUAAUGACACAACCGAAUCAAAAUCUAAUUGCUAUACAACAUGGCCCCAUGACUGCCACUGGCUGAUAGUGGCGCACCGCGACAGAGAAAAAGACCAGAGAACUCAGUCUAGAGAGGCCACCUCUUAGGCCAAUGCCUGCCAUUACGCACCACACAGCAAAGAAAGUAGAAAGAGAUACAAACAGGGGAACAGACGGAGGCAUGAUUGGAAAGUGCUGCCUCAGGAUAUUGAGACGACGGGAGUGUGCACAUGCCCGCCGAGACUGGGACCCUGACGAACCUAAGUGACCAUCAGCCAGCAGUGGACAAAGGGGCCACUGCCAGCAGAGAGGAACACAUACGCACCUUCCGACACCUGGAUGUGGUCUCCUGAGACCCUGUCCUGGGCCACACGCAAGGGCCUGAGUCCCUCCAGAAACUCUGCCACUGGGGCAUCUAGUUUGACCCCCUGUGGGUGGGAAUGACAGCUGAGUGACAGCAUUUUAUGUCCAGACAGGAAGGUGAAGGACAUGAAUUUCUCAGGAGCGUAGCUGUGUUGCGCAACUAUUGGAAGCACUCAAAACCCCAUAAUGUGCAGUUAGAUAUUUAUAGCAAAGCAACUUUUGAUACAUUUAACAGCUUCAUAAUAUCCUCAGGUGUUGCGCAGGAGGUGACUUCAUGAGAGUGUGUGUGUUUCUUAAGCACACUCAUAGUACUGUGAAUUGAAGUCAUGGCACCAACCAAAGCCCUGGACUUAUGGGACAGUCCAUAACAAAAUUUCUAGACUAUAGAUGUAUCUCUGUCUGUGUUUGCUUUGUCUGGCUGUGGACUCUGCAAUCUCAACCAAGCAGCAACUGCGCUAGUGCUGUAUGAAAAGCUUUACUGUAAUGAGGAACUAUAAUAACCUUCAUAACUGCAUUUCUUUCAUCGUAGUUGUCCUUACUAUGGCACUGAGUGAAAGCUUUGAUGCCUCUGGCCAUCUGAACAGGUCUCUGGUUGUUUUUUACUCAGUCAGUAGCUUUCCUGUGUGCGGGUGUCAUGUAAGUAAGGUUGCGUCAAGCUCCACAAGACCUUAUGUACUUGUGUAUAAAACUUCAUUGGCAAGACUGUCAUAUUAUAUUUGACUCUGCAUUAUUAUUCAAGGUUGACAUGACUCCCUCACUUUUAUAAACGGUUUUAGGUGCAAGAAUAGGACACGGACAACAGAAUAAAAGACAACGGACUGUUAUAUUUUUCGUGCCUAAAAUCAUUUCUAAAAUCCACGUACCAACUAGCCCGGCAGCAGACAUUACUAGUCCCUCACUUUUCUCUUUUUCGCUUGAGGCAUUGAAGUAAACCAGUUGGACCUGUCUCGCGACCAUAAUAUCAAGGCUUCAAUUAGUGCCUUCAACUUCCUUUUUUCAUCAUCAGUGAUCCUGUUGCUUGCUGAUGCUUCGAUAAAUGUGCAUGGCUGGCUUAGCCGUGCACCAGGAUACAGCUCAGCUCAAUCCAUAGUUUGGCUAGUUAGUGACUGAUUCAUCAUUUUCAGGAAGGAGCAUGGGCACAUGACAAAAAUAAAAAUAAGACACUCGAAAAAAUGCACAACUGCUACAAUUGAAAACUUAGGUGUGACUUAAUACUUUUUGUGUAUCCUAUACUUUUUGCUACUGUGUGUUUGUGCUGUCUUGGUUAAAAUGAGUUGUUAUUAAGAUCUUGUCAAUUGCGUAUAAAGUUCUGUUAAUAUCAAGUCCAAGGGACCAUGAAUAUCUGUUCUUGUUAACAGAAGUUAUCUACAGAGCUCAAAACCUGCUAUUCCUGGUAUGCCUCAAUAUCCAUGAUUCAAAAUGAUAAAUGAAAUGGCAUAAAACAAAAAGCAGACAUAAAAAAACAUUUAUUAUGUUAGAAAGAUAAAAAGGUGUUUUAUACUUAAGCUGUCGAGUAAUUGUAGCUUGUCGGUGCUGUGCAAAUUUGUGCUUCAACACAAAAGCUGAUGUUUUGCCUAGUUUGCUCAAAAUUUCAAUAGUGUUUUCAUGUUUAAAAAAUUCACAAAUGUUUUCAGGGUAUUGUCAGGUGUGUCGUGUUGAAGCUGGUUUUUGUGACUCUUGGACAGUGUCCUUGCCUAAUUACAAACCUGUGGAGGGGCAUCUGGGACUGCCUCAAUCAUUGUUUCUAUGAUGUCACCCCUGUAGGUUUUCACGUCAUCUUUGACACUGGCAUAGCUGUUUCACAGAAACACCGUUUACUUCUCGUGUCAGAGUCGCCCGCUUCAAUUCUGAUGAGCCAAGUAGUGGUGGCUGCGGAAGUUCAGCUUUACUGAAUUAACGGUUGGUGCUAAACAGAUUUAUCCCUACUGAACAUAUGGAAAACCAAAUAAAUGUUCACACAUUGUUGUUCAUAUCAGAAAAUGCGGCUUAACUUGGUUCAUUUUAAUGGGAAUCUACUGUAUUCCUUGCUUGUCUGAGAACAACCACAGGUCUUCUUUAUCCAGCUCAAACUUUUGUUAUCUGCAGUAAUAUAGUUUUUUGUGAGCCAGUGGCAGAACUUUUAAACCUGUAGCUCAUGACGGUGAGUGUGCCAAAAGUGGUGAUAAAUUAAUAAACUGUUAAUAAAAGCAAUGAAAAAAUUGAUUGAUCCAAAAUUAAGGUAUUGUAGAAUAAAACUGUCUUGAUGCUGCUGCUUGUAAAUUUAGUGUUGUCUUACUGUGGCCUAGUUUUGGAGAUAGUACACCAGCUGUUGUUUAGGUGAAAUUCAGAUAGUUGGAACGUACAGUUAGCUUUUCUUUGGAACCUCUGAAUGGGACUAAACUAAGGUGCUUGUACAAAUAGCUACAGAUUUGCCUUUCUCAUAAUGGCAAGUGGGGAUCCAUAAGAUGGAGAAGCAUUUCAAACUACCUGAAUAUCUAUUAUGUUGUGUUUUAAAGCCACCUACUAAUUGUACAGCAACAGGUCAGGAUCUUUACUGAAGCUGAUUCCUAAUUCUUGAGAAAAAACUAAAUGUCUAUGAAUUAGUGUAAUUAACUCAACAUUGUUCUGAAAGUGUGCCAGUUGCCGCAUUCAAGCAGUCUGCAUUCACUGCAUUCUAACACCAUCCACUACCAUGAACAAGCUGCAUUUUGGUUUACCUAGUUUACAUUUGAAAAAUAAUAAUCGAAAUGCCUUUGUUUCAAAGAGUUGAUGUCCUGUCAUAGAGGUGCCUAUGGGCUUUCCCAUAUUGCAUUAUGGGUGUAUUCUGAAUGAGAGUGAAGCAUGUUUCUACAUUUUUUUUAUCAUUUAUGAAGACACUGCACAAAGUAGUCUGAACAAUGGUGCCAUGUAAUAUAUAUCACAUUUAAGUGAGGCUUAAAUGCUGUUUAGUAUAUGUUGCGAUGUGGGGUGCCAUUCCAAAAGUCAUGAGUCAUGGGAGAAUUACAAAAAAUCAACAAAAAUCUCAGGACUUAAUCAUCAGUGAUCAUCAUAAUGGUCAGUGGAACACAAAGCGAUACUAGUGAUGUUUGUAACAAGAUUGAGACAGAAGGAUGGCACUGUAGAUUAGAGUUCAUAAAGGGGUAAAUGACAUUGACAUUAGAAGCAGGGUUGGUACGUGGCCAGUCAGUGUACUCAAAUAGUUGCCGAGGAUAAAGCAGCAGAGUGGAGGAUGGCAGAGAAUUAGACGAAGCGAUAUUAGAAAAUCUGCAGCUACAAGCUGGGUUUGGUUGAUGCAAGACAAGUGGCGAUCUCCAUUUGUCCUGCUGUGGUGUCUUAACGAUAUCAGCUGACAUAGGACACUUGACAUGUUGCUACAGGAGUUAACAAUUGCUGUUAUACGAGUUACCACAUCUCUGACUGUGCUGUGAAUUAUUGCUUUGUGUGUUGCCUGUGCCAGUGGUAUUAGCUAGAGAAUGCUGUAACUACCUAGCAGCGUAAAGCUGUCUGCCUUCAGUAUGAAGAGCUUGUGUACAUAGAUCGCUGUAUCUGUCCCUGCAUGUAGGGACUGACAAGUGCAGUGCAUUUUUUCUACUCUCCAUUUUGGCCUCUGGCCUACCCCUUUUGACUGUUUGCUUUCUGUGCUCAAACGUGCAUGAAAAGGUCUUGCACUAUAUGUUGUAUUAUGCAUACAAGAACAAAUAAAUCACUUGUGCAUCUA